GCCCGAUGAUACAGAGGACAUUACGCAGACAGAUACAAUGAGUUGGGAGUAUGCUGCGCAGUGUAUCCGAAAUGCGCUGGUCCUGGCCGGUGAUGAUCGAGAUUAUGCAUAUCUUUUGCCAUGGUUGCACGCCGCAUCCGCGUUCAUUAACUUGAACCUUGGUCGCUAUAAUUUGGCUGCAGCAAAUCAGCUUGCUGGUCUGCCGCAGGUUUCGCCGUAUCACAAACUGGUGGCAAUGCUUUACAAAGCGGAAGCGCUCUUAAUGCUGGAUCGCGCAUUUGACGGUGUAAAAUGUUUAGCGCAGGCUGUGCCGUUGCAGUCGAUGCCGUGCACCUCAUCAACUCUUCUUUACAAUCGGGCGCUGCUUCAUGCCUUGACCAGCAAUUUGCAAAGGGCGGCUGCAGCCUUUGCGAUGGUCUGUUUUUUGUUGUUUUGGCGUUUGACAUGUACCUCAUGCGCGAGUAAUAAUCGUGGAGAGGGGUUCUACUCCAGUUCACCUGCUGCCGAAACUGUUCUUUGCUAGAC